AUGUGUGUGGUCAUCGCAUUGACUGCCGCGGCCAACUCGCUGCUCAUCGCGCUCAUCUGCACGCAGCCCGCGCUGCGCAACACGUCCAACUUCUUCCUGGUGUCGCUCUUCACGUCCGACCUGAUGGUGGGGCUGGUGGUGAUGCCGCCGGCCAUGCUGAACGCGCUGUACGGGCGCUGGGUGCUGGCGCGAGGCCUCUGCCUGCUCUGGGCCGCCUUCGACGUGAUGUGCUGCAGCGCCUCCAUCCUCAACCUCUGCCUCAUCAGCCUGGACCGCUACCUGCUCAUCUUGUCGCCCCGCCUGCUGGCCAGCCUGCCGUUCGUCCUCGUGGCGUCGGGCCUCACCUUCUUCCUGCCCUCGGGCGCCAUCUGCUUCACCUACUGCAGGAUCCUGCUGGCCGCCCGCAAGCAGGCCCUGCAGGUGGCCUCCCUCCCCACCGGCAUGGCAGGCCAGGCCUUGGAGACAUCGCAGGUGCCCAGGACCCCACGCCCAGGGACUGAGUCAGCUGACAGCAGGCGUCUGGCCACCAAGCACAGCAGGAAGGCCUUGAAGGCCAGCCUGACCCUGGGCAUCCUGCUGGGCAUGUUCUUUGUGACCUGGCUGCCCUUCUUUGUGGCCAACAUUGCCCAGGCUGUGUGCGACUGCGUCUCCCCAGGCCUCUUCGAUGUCCUCACAUGGCUGGGCUACUGCAACAGCACCAUGAACCCCAUCAUCUACCCCCUCUUCAUGCGGGACUUCAAGCGGGCCCUGGGCAGGCUGCUGCCCUGUCCCCACUGGCCCCAGGAGCACCGGGCCAGCGUGGCCUCAGACUCCGACCCUGACUCAGGCUCAGGGGGCUCCUCAGGCCUGCAGCUCACGGCCCAGCUGCUGCUGCCGGGAGAGGCCACCCGGGACACCCUGCCGCCUGCCAGGACUUCUGCCACCGUCAACUUCUUCAACAGGGAUCCCGUGGAGCCCCAGCUGCGGCUGCAUCUGCUUGGUGCCCCCACGAACUGAUGGGGCUUGUGGCUGGUCAGGGGGGAGCUGGACUGGGUGCAACCAAGCCCCCGAGGCCUUGGGCCAGCUCUUGGCUGAGGCCAGGAAGCUGUAGGUCUCUCGGGGGCCCUCUGAACUCUGGUGGGGUGCACUGAAUCAGACCCACUACCCACUUGGGGUCCUCCACCUGCGGGGUAAUCGCUGGCUUCAUACAGUGUCUCCAGGAGGCUGCAUUGCUGAGUGUCACUUGUGUAGAGAAUGGUUGGAGGGCUCUGGGAGCGGGGCAGGGGGCCCUUGGUUCAGAUUAGGGUGAAGACCAUGGCCUUUGCACAUUCUAUCAGGUUGCAUGUCUGCAGAGACGGGUCAGUGCAGGCUGAGCCCUUUGCUCCUCUAACUGUAGUUCGUGGGCAUGGUCUCCAGGGAGUUUGUUGAAAACGAACACCUCUGCCCCCGCCCCGGACCUGCCGAGUCAUAAUCUACAUGUGAGCCAGGUCCCCGGUGACUCGUGCGUGCGCGUGGUUUGAGGUGUGCUGGCUUAGCUGAUCCUUAACCCUGAGGAUGGUUUGCUGGACGGUUUUUGGACCAGCCAGCCCCUCGGAUGUGUGUGGCCUCACAGGGAACCCCUGAGCCUGGGAGUCAGGCAGGCCUCAACUGGAAUCCAUGCUCCAUUACUUACUAGUUCUGCACGGGUUACUUAACCUCUCUGAGCCUGUUGUAUGUGCAACAUGGGGCAAUGAUGCCUGCCUCGUAGGCUGCCUGCCUCGUAGGCUGCCAUGAGAACGGGGACAGUGUGCAUCGAUGCCCGCACCCGGCAGAUAGUCGGUGGUACCUGUGGUUGUUACACCUCCCGGCAUUCAGCCCCCCGGCCUCUGGCUGCGGGCCAGGGAGGGCCAUUUGUUCCCCUUGUUUUCCCCCAUCUUCUUCCUCUUCUUCAGCCCCAUCCCAGCUCCCAGGCUACGGCACUGCCUCUCCUGGGGCACAGGGGUGGCUGGUGGUUUUUUGCUCAACAUUUGGGAUGGGUGUUCCUCUGCCCUGGGCUUCGUUGGACCUAGAAGGGGACCUGCUGAUGCAGAACCAUCCCCUGGCCCUACCUCCUUCUGGCCUUUCCUGGGUCAGUGAGGGAAGAGGGAGAGGUGGCCACUCAGGUCAGCGGAGUUGAAGAGGAGCUGCCCCUGGUGUGGGCUGGUGCGUCAAGCAGGCAGGUGAACCCUGGUACAGAGACCUGUUUUUUUAUUUUUUUAUAUAUUUUAUUGAUUUGUUACAGAGAGGAGAGGAGAGGGAUCGA